UUGUUGGUGAGAAUUUGUUCAUUAGUCACCAAAUUUGAACUGCAGAAAAUCAGAAUGACAGCCUUGACCGAGAGUUUCAUCCUGCAAAGCAAGAUAAACGAGUUCGAAACUAAGCUGACGGAGCACAUGAACAACGUGAAGCUGCGGAUGCAGGCGUUCGCCGACUCUCUGCUGAGCAAUCGGCUCGGCCACACCUUCUCUUCCGGCUCCAGCAGCAUGAUUCUGGACGAGAUGUCAUCUGUGCAAGAUUCACAAUCCACCCUGCAGAGCAUUUGUGAAUCAUUCGUGUUUUCUGUCCAGAUUAUAAUGGUACACCUGAGCAACCUGAACGUGUGGUCGGUUUUGGGCUUUUUGAUGAUGUUCAUAAUGAUCGCCUGCUUGCUGUCGAACGGCUUCCCGGACUGCAGCGACCCAAGCAGCUCUUUCUGGUGCCUGAUCAUCACCGAAACUAAAGUUGACCCCUUUGAAUGAAUGUGUUCAUAAUAAAUAUUAGUGGAUGUUAAUGAGCAGGCGUGUGGUUCU